CAUCCAAGCGAGGACCCUUUUACUUUGCACUUUCCAUUUGUAAAGAUGGAGAAGAGAAAUGGAGGCAGAAUUGAAGAAAAUAAAGAGAAAUGGGUGCAUGAUGCAUCUGUGGACUAUAAAGGAAGAGUUCCUCUCCGUGCUUCCACUGGUGUAUGGAAAGCCUCCCUCUUUGUCCUCACAAUUGAAUUUAGUGAAAGGGUAAGCUACUUUGGGAUAGCCAGCAAUCUUAUCUCGUACCUGACUAAAGUGAUGCAUGAAGACCUUAGUACAGCAAGCAAGAAUGUAAACUACUGGUCAGGAACAACAACCCUUAUGCCUCUGGUUGGGGGAUUUGUUGCUGAUGCUUACACUGGUAGAUUUUAUAUGGUCCUGUUUUCUUCAUUUGUAUACCUCAUGGGAUUAAGCCUGUUGACCAUGUCUCAAUUCAUCCCAAGUCUAAUGCCAUGCAACACUAAGAUGUGCCAACAGCCUAGGAAGGUUCAUAAAGUGGUUUUCUUGCUUGCCCUUUACUGCAUCUCCUUUGGUACUGGAGGAUACAAACCAUGCUUGGAAAGUUUUGGAGCUGAUCAAUUUGAUGAUGAUCACUUGGAAGAAAGGAAGAAGAAGAUGUCUUUCUUUAACUGGUGGAGCUUUGCACUGUGCUUUGCGUUGCUGCUUGGUGCAACGGUGGUUGUUUAUGUUCAAGAUUUUGUCAGCUGGGGAGUAGCUACUCUUAUCCUAGCUAUUCUUAUGGCUCUCACUGUCAUAGCUUUCUGUGUGGGAAAACCUUUUUACAGGUACAGGAGGGCAGAAGGAAACCCUUUAACACCAAUUUUACAGGUCUUAAUUGCAGCAAUAAGGAAAAGGAAUCUAACUUGUCCAUCAAAUCCUGCUUUAUUGCAUGAGGUCCCUGAGUCAGAGAGGUCCCAAGGAAGGCUUCUGAGCCACACUAACAGGCUCAGGUUUCUUGACAAGGCUGCAAUAAUUGAAGAGAAACAUUUUGAGCAGAAGUACAAUCCAUGGAGAUUAGCAACAGUGACUAGAGUGGAGGAAACAAAACUUGUUCUAAAUAUAAUUCCCAUAUGGCUAACUUCAUUAACAGUUGGAGUAUGCGUGGGACAAGGACAGACACUCUUUGUCAAACAAGCAGCUUCCAUGGCCUCUGUUGCAGCAGUUGGUACCUUAAUAGCUGUCCCAAUAUAUGAUAGGGUUGUUGUUCCAAUUCUGAGGAAAGUCACUGGCAAUGAAAGAGGCAUCAGCAUCCUUAGGAGGAUCAGCAUUGGCAUGACAUUAUCAGUCUUACUCAUGGUUGUUGCCGCUUUAGUAGAAGCAAAGAGACUAAGAAUGGCUGCACAUGAAGUCCUCACGGUAGGGGAAACUAGGCAUGAGACUAUGAGUGUGAUGUGGUUGAUACCCCAAUACUUGAUUCUUGGCAUUGGAGAUUCAUUUUCUCUGGUUGGCUUGCAAGAGUAUUUCUAUGACCAAGUUCCUGACUCAAUGAGAAGCAUAGGAAUGGCUUUGUAUCUUAGUGUGCUUGGAGUAGGAUUUUUCUUAUGCAGCUUUUUAAUCAUCAUCGUGGAACAUAUCACGGGUAAAACUGGCAAUAGUUGGAUUGGGAAGGACAUAAAUUCAAGUCGUUUGGAUAAGUUUUAUUGGAUGUUAGCUGUCAUAAAUGCUUUGGUUUUGUGUGUCUUUCUCUUAGUGUCAAAAAGGUACACUUAUAAGGCCGUACAGAGAAGAGCUAUGGAAACUGAUUGUUGUAAGAGUGAUGAGGUAGACAUGGUGGCUUGAUAAGAGCUACUAAGGUGUACCUCUCACUGCUUUAUUUUCUCCUGAAUCAAAUGUUUAAUGUAUUGUUUCCAUAUAUUAACUGGAAUUUGAAUUGUAAGUUAUUGUUGCAGAUUACUCAAAGUAUGGCUAACUAUACAAUAACAUAAACAAUUGUAGAUGA